UCCUGCUGUGUCUGCGAUGUAUCUGCUGCAUUUUAAACACUCACCGCCACCAUAUUGGAACGAGAAUACUGAAAACACGGACAUUGCAAUAACAGCUUUGAUGAUAACUUGAUUUCUUACAUCGUUUUUGAUCACCGGAAUCCCCCCCUUUUUAUUCUUUUUGGACCCGUCCAUGUUUAUGGGCUUCGUGGUGAAUGGUAAACUCGCAGUUUGCAACUCUCUAGUAGCGAAGCUCUAACUAGUCAGCUAUCUAGCUAGUAAUAAAGCAACAUAGCGUUUAUAUAUAGAAAGAGAAAUAUAAAUAUAUAUAAAGCUUAGACGAACGUUUUUAUGUGGAUAUUUCUUUUUUUUGUUUUUUUCAAAUGACUCAGUAACACGGGGUUUGAGUGAGCGAGAUAGCUAAACCAGCGCGCGCGCGCCACUUCGCUCACUUCAAUACAACGCUGCUUUGCUAGCUCGCGACUCAAGUUAGCGCAAAAAAACAACAACAAGCACACAGCUAGUUAGCUAGCUAAUCGGUGCGCGUCAGGGUUAGUGGGCUAGAGAAAUGAUUUACUAAGAAGAAGAAAAUCUCAGGACUCGCUUUGCCAGUCCGCUAUUGCUUUCGCGAUUAGCCCUUUUUUUCCCCCUAGCUACGUCUACGCACUCGGAGUGGAGAAUAUAACGUUAUAACUAGCUUAGCUUAGCUUAGCUUAGGAAACAGGAAGAACCUGUCGUUUCCAUGGACAACACGUCCAUCAUAACGCAAGUUACGAAUCCAAAGGAGGAGGAGAUCCUAUCGUCAAAUCCUGAAAAAGUUUCGCUGUCCAGCAGCAGCUUGAAGAAGAAAAGUCACCGCAGUUUAUUCAGCUCUUUCUUCUGCUGCCUGCGGAGUUAUGAAGCCGAUCCUCCUGCCAGCACCAACAACAACACCAGCAGCCCUCUGCCUCCGCCCGUGGAGGAGAACGGAGCGCCACCGAAGUGUGAGCAGGCUGAGGUCAUCCCUGUGCCCGGUCCUCCAGAGAAAUACCUUCUUCCUGAGGUGAACAUCAACGACUACGGAAAGAAGUGUGUGGUGAUAGACCUGGACGAGACUCUGGUGCACAGUUCCUUUAAGCCUAUUAGUAAUGCAGAUUUCAUCGUUCCGGUGGAGAUCGACGGCACAGUGCAUCAGGUGUACGUCCUGAAGCGACCACAUGUAGACGAGUUCCUGCAGAAGAUGGGAGAAUUGUUCGAGUGCGUGCUCUUCACAGCCAGCCUAGCCAAGUAUGCUGACCCUGUGGCUGACCUGCUGGACCAGUGGGGUGUAUUUCGGGCGCGACUUUUUCGUGAAUCCUGUGUGUUCCACAGAGGAAACUACGUCAAAGACCUGAGUCGCCUCGGCAGAGAGCUGCGUAACGUCAUCAUAGUGGACAACUCGCCCGCCUCCUACAUCUUCCACCCCGAGAACGCUGUUCCCGUCCAGUCGUGGUUCGACGACAUGGCCGACACCGAGCUGCUGGACCUGCUUCCAUUCUUUGAAGGACUGAGCAAGGAAGAGGACGUGUACGGAGUUCUGCAGAACCUCAGAGGCAGGUAGCAAGCUGCACCGUCCUGCCUUACAAGGGCACAGCAGAGAGGUCGGAGGGCAAAGGGCGCCCCUGCUCUCGCAGACUUCACCUCCCAGCAGCCCGCCGCUCACUACACAGGAAGCGCAGACGCCUCCGCCCCCCAACUCCCCCCGUGUCUGUGGCCCACAUGCCGACGAACGUCCACUACAGACCUUUUACAGCUCACAAGAGACCCACUUGCUUAAGUGCUUAAUAAUAACCAAAAAAACGCCAAACCCCUUCUUUUCCCUAACGAAGCGAAAGAGAAUCCAGAUCUUUGGGUUGUUGCUAUGCAGGCGUUAAAGGACUGUGGGUUUUCUUUCCUCUUUGCUUACACGACGAAGUGCCUUUUUUGAAUGUCAUUUUUACUGGGAAAACAUUUUUGUACAUGAAAAUAUUUCCAGAGAUUUUCAGAAUUCUACUCUUUAAAAACAGAGGCAGGUUAUUUUUUUUUUUUUUGUCAAAAGGCAGUGUUAUCGAAGGCUGGAGGGUUGUUAUUUUUUUGUCUUUCUUUUAAUUGUCUCCAUCAGUGUUCUUGUUUUCUUUUGCCUUCACUCGCGCCAUUAUACAAACAUCGACCCUUUCAUAGACGUGUCUACUUUUGUCUCGUAAAAGCAAAGGAAUGCAUUUGCACUUGUUCAUCGUACGCUCUGCUACGACUCCUUCAGUCCGGGUUGUUAACACAAGGAGCGAUCAGAGAUUGUCUAAAUCGUACCAACGGAUCGCCACGCCAUUUCACGCCGAGGCUUGUUUAGUUUAAUUUUAGCGUAGGUCCUGCGAUGGUACAGAAGAUGCUGACAAUCGUGUCUGGCCGGUUCAGCGCUCGUCGCAAGUUAGUUAUGGAUAAGCUUUUAGUUUGUUUUUACGUUGCGUUUUAAAGCUGGUGUAACGUAGCCCUUACUCCUUUCAUUUUAUAUCUGUAUAUAUCUCUAAAGAAAGAGCGAAAGAAUCGCAUCCUGAUCAUCACAGGAUGCAGAAAUAUUGCCAACGUGUCCCUCAGGUGUUUGCUGAUGUGUUCUUUCAUGUCAUUGCAUCAGUUUAUAAUCUUAUCUUUUUAAUCACAGAUGCAGUUCUUUCUAGAACUUGUAUGAAGCCGUGCGAGCGAGAUGGCGACGGCUCGACACACGUUUGCCCAGCAGCAUCCCUCUUUUAAUACGAGGGAUGGUAUUUUGCGCUCUGUAUGUUGUAUGUUAGCAGAUGAUCAGCACAUGCCUGCCGUUUAGUUCCGAACAGUUUCCUUGCUUCAUGUUGCGUUCUUCAUCACGUGAGCGUUCGAACUCAUUCUGAGCUGCACCCUGCCGCUGCUAUGGCACACCAGACUUCAGUACCUCACACACACACACACACAAAGCAUCCCUCUCACUGCUCUUGUGUGUGUGUGUGUGUGUGUGUGUGAGAGUGAGAAUGUUCUCAGUUGUGCAGUUUAACUGAAGGUCCAUCUGCAGAUUUGUUUGGAGCAGAGGUGCUUCUCUGCCCCGGGUGCUGUGUGUGUGUGUGUGUGUGUGUGUGUGUGUGUGUUGAACCUCUCUCACCAUGGUGCCUAGGAGAGGAGCAGCGGUGUAUCAGCCGCCAAACACGCAAUAACCUCUCUCUCUGUGUUUAUUAUUUUAAGUUGUUCUGUUUUCUUGUACACACUACACCAUGACCUGUUCGCAUUAAUUUCCCAUUUUUACACAAUUUUUAUUUUUAAUUUAUUCUUUCAUGCUACCUCCCCCCCCCUCCUUCUCUCUUCCCUUCCUUCUCCUUCCUUCUCCCUCUCCUUCUCUCUCUCUCCACCAGAGUUUUUCAGCUAAUUUGUCAGUAUUUCAUUACAAAAACAGGCACCUUUUUUAUUACCCUGCUGCUGCUGUUUUUUUUUCUUCUUCUUCCUGAUUUGAACCCUGUGUGUGGUUUCUGCUUUUCACAUUUAAAAACAAAACACUGCUCUUUCACCGAUCUUUCUCUUACCUCAUCGGUAUCUCGGACAUUUUCUUUCCCCUUUCACAUAAACCAAGCUGUAAGCGGUGGAGCACUUUCGGUGUCGGUCGAGGAUGUUUUGUUGUCGUCGUUUUGUUCUUCCAGGUUGUUAGUUUUUUUUUUCACUAAUAUUUAAAGGCACAACUAGUUAUCGUGUCCAGAUUACAUUUAGACUUGCUAAGCAUUACAUCCACUUGGGGUUCUGUCUUUUUUUUUUUUGUUUGUUCUUAUUUUAUUCUUUUUUUUUGAAAGCCAUGUAGACAUUCACUGCAGCGCUGAAAAUCGACGUCGAGAUGCUGCGCAGUGCCACGUUUUGCAGUCUGUUUCGAGGUGAUGUGAUCCAUGGUUUGUUGCAAAUUUUCUUCCAAACUAUGAUGUUAUAUUAAAGCACCUUUUUAGGAAAAAAAAAGAAAGAAA